AUGACGCAGAGUAACGAUACCCACCACAUUGUCGCUAUCGAAGCCGUUCAUUGCCCUAUCCCUACCUUCAACCUACCACGCCCUUACACAAUGGACAAAUAUGAUUGGACUGCACAAUCAGAACUCGCCGAUCGAAUCAAGGAUGUCACCGUUAUCCUAACGACCACGAUCCGCUUAUCAGCCGAAGUCCUUUACCCGUCCAUUUCCCCCAAACUCAAGCUCAUCGUGAUCAUGGCAUCCAGUACCGACUGCGUCGACAGGCCUGCAUGCAAGGCCCGAGGCACCACGAUCUGCAAUUGUCCCGGAACCAAUGUCGACAGCGUUAGCGAACAUGUCAUCGGGUCCUAUUUCGCGACGAGACGGACUGAAACCGAAUGGAAGACGAAUGGGUCCCUGCGUCCGCGGCUCCGCAUGUCGGAUGGGAAACCACCGUUACUUUGCCCGCAAGAGACGCUCGGGAUUCUGGGCUAUGGGUAUUUGGGGCAGCGUGUGGAGACAUUGGCUCGGGCGCUUGGGAUGAGGGUGAUUGUGUCGGAUCACAAGGGCGUUAUUCCUCGGAGUGGGCGGGUAUACUUUGAGACGUUCCUUAAGAGAUCGACGGUGUCGGACCUUUUGUCCGAGUUCAUGGAUAUUAUAGCCUGGUAA